ACUCCCACCUCAUCUAUGGUGUAACUUUGGUAAUUUUAUGACCAUUAUCUGGUAUGAGCCGGUAAAACGUAAACACAACCAAAAUCCAAAGUUAUCCAAAGCAGACUGUCUGAUCCAAAGUGGAUUUGUGGCUGUUGCCAGAUUUUUGGCAGGUCUGGGUUGAGAUUUUAUGGCGCGAAUGGUGACAUUUUGUUCUGAAUUUUGUGAUUUCCCAGGCAUCUUUUAACCAUGCCUGCGGUUUUAAAGCAUAUCGAAGUGGACAACUUUAAAUCCUACAAAGGAAAACUCGUAAUCGGUCCUCUGAAGCCGUUUACGGCUGUUGUUGGUCCGAAUGGAUCUGGAAAAUCCAAUUUUAUGGACGCUAUCAGUUUUGUUAUGGGUGAAAAAACAAGCAGUUUACGAGUAAAAAGAUUCAAUGAACUUAUUCAUGGAGCGUCCAUUGGAAUGCCGGCUGCACGAAGUGCGUCAGUGACUGCAGUAUUUUUACUAGAAGAUGGUAAAGAAAAGAGUUUUAUGCGGUCAGUACAAGGUUCUUCCUCCGAAAAUCGCAUAAACGGAAGAGUUGUAACCAGUCAAGCCUAUUUAAAUGAAUUAGAACAUCUCGGUAUAAACGUAAAGGCUAAAAACUUUCUCGUAUUCCAAGGCGCUGUAGAAUCGAUUGCCAUGAAAAAUCCUAAAGAGAGAACAGCUUUAUUUGAAGAGAUCAGUAAUUCCGGGGCACUGAAAGCCGAAUACGAAAGACUAAGAAUCGAAAUGUUGCGAGCCGAAGAAGAAACUCAGUUUUCCUACCAAAAGAAGAAAGGAAUCGCCGCCGAGCGGAAGGAAGCGAAACUCGAAAAAGAAGAAGCCGAGAAGUAUCAGCGAUUGAAGGAAGAGUAUGGCGAAAAACAAUUAGAGCUCCAACUCUUCCGUUUAUUCCACAAUGAAAAAGAAAUUGAAGACCUGGAGGACCUGCUGAAGAAGAAACAACACGAGGUGGAAAAGAUUGAGAAGAAGAAAGAAAAGUCUGAGGAGUUUGUGAAAGAGAAGAAGAAAGAUGUGGGCAAGCUGGGACGUGAACUCGCAAAAAUUGAACAAGACAUCAGGGAAAUGGAAGCAGAGAUCACGAAGAAGAGGCCAACUUUUAUUAAAGCAAAAGAACGCGUUGCCCAUAUGCAGAAAAAAGUUGAAUCUGCUCGUAAAUCUUUGACUCAAGCCAGAACUGCUGAUGAAGCUCAUAAGAAGGACAUCAGUGAGUUGCAGGAGGAACUUCGCAAGGUGGAAGAAGCUAGGGCUGAAUACGAGGCAAGCAUUGCUGGUCAGUCUCUGCUGCAAGGAAGAGACGUUCAGCUUGAAGAUGAACAAGUUAACGAGUAUAAUCGGUUGAAAGAAGAAGCUGGAAAACAAUCAGCCAGGUAUCUUCAAAUGCUCGAUUCCAUCAAUCGAGAACAGAAAUCGGACCAGGACAGACUCGACAAUGAAGGCAGGAAGAAAACGGAGAUAGAGAAUAAAAUCAAGCAAAAAAGUCUAUUGAGAGAUGAAGCGAUGAAGCGCGUUGAGAAAUUGGAAGAACACAUUAAAGCUUCAGAAGCUGCUUUGGAGGAACAGAAGAAAAUGAGAGGAGAUUUGCAAUGCGAUGUUGGAUCUUCAAAAGAUAAGAUUCAAAAUUUGCAACGAGAACUUGAGAACAUUUCUGAACAGCUUGGAGACGCGAAGGUUGAUAAGCAUGAGGUUUCGAGGACCAAGAAGAAAACGGAAAUUGUGGAGAAUUUCAAGAAACUAUUUCCUGGAGUUUAUGAUCGAAUGUAUAAUAUGUGCGAGCCGAUACAUAAACGAUACAAUGUCGCUGUUACAAAAGUUCUUGGGAAAUAUAUGGAAGCCAUCGUUGUUGAUACAGAAAAGACAGCUAGGCAAUGCAUUCAGCAUUUGAAGGAGCAGUUUCUCGAGCCAGAAACCUUUUUGCCUUUGGAUUAUAUACAAGCCAAGCCUCUGAAAGAACGUCUGCGAAAUAUCCAGGAGCCAAAGAAUGUGAAAUUGCUUUACGACGUGCUUCGUUUCUCACCAAAAGAUAUCGACAGGGCUGUUCUUUUUGCGACGAACAACGCUCUCGUUUGUGAAACACCAGAAGAUGCCAACAAAGUCGCCUACGAAAUGGAAAAAAAAGCGAGAUAUGAUUGUGUCGCCCUCGAUGGAACGUUUUAUCAGAAGGCUGGAAUUAUUUCCGGUGGUAGUUUGGAUUUGGCCAAGAAGGCCAAAAGGUGGGACGAAAAACAAAUGUCGCAACUGAAAUCUCAAAAGGAAAAAUUAACAGAGGAAUUGCGAGAGAUGUUGAAAAAAUCUCGGAAGGAAUCCGAAUUGAGCACAAUUGAGUCCCAAAUCCGAGGAUUGGAGACACGUUUAAAAUACAAUAAAAGCGACUUGCUCAGCACCAAAAAGCAAAUUGCGGAAUUAGAUGCUGAAUUGAGUGUGCUCGAGAAGGAAUUGAACAAGUUUGGGCCAAAAAUUGCAGCGAUCGAAAAAACAAUGGAAGAAAGAGAUAAGAAGAUUGAAGACAUCAAAGAGAAGAUGAACAACGUCGAGGAUGAUGUAUUUGCCAGCUUCUGUGAAUCGAUCGGGGUUUCAGAUAUCCGACAAUACGAAGAGAGAGAGUUGAGAUCGCAGCAAGAAAGAGCAAAGAAGAGAAUGGAAUUCGAAAAUCAGUGUAAUCGUAUCCACAAUCAGUUGGAUUUCGAAAAGCAGCGUGACACAGAAAGUAAUGUUUUGAGGUGGGAACGCGCAGUGCACGAUGCGGAAGACAAAUUAGAAUCAGCAAAACAAACUGAAGCAAAUCAAAGGGCAGAGAUGGAAAAUGACGAGACUCAAAUUGAUAAAUUAAAGUCGAAGCGUAAUGCGAAGAAGAUGGAAAUUGAUGCGAAAGAGGAAGAACUUGCAAAGAGUCGAAAAGAAGUAGCAGCAAUCGCUAAAGAAAUUCAAGCUGCACAAAAGCAACUUACUUCAGUGGAGACUAAAAUUGAACAGAAGAAAUUUGAACGCCACAAUAUUUUGUUACAUAGCAAGCUGGAGGACAUUGCGAUUCCGAUGCUUCACGGCAACAUGGAAGAUAUUGUAGCCGAUAACAAUCACAAUAAUGACACAAAUACCGACGUCAGUUUGAUUACACAGAAACAAUUCGAGCGGGAAAGUCGAAUCACAAUUGAUUAUUCAUCUCUUUCCGAUCGCCUGAAAGAUAUUGACGAAGAUGCGUACAAAAAGACGUCUGAUAAAUUAAAUAAAUCUAUUAAUGAGGUCCAGAAUGCGAUCCAGCGCAUUCAAGCUCCCAAUAUGAAGGCUAUCCAAAAAUUAUACUUGGCUAAAGAAAAACUACAGGAGACGAAUGAGGAAUUUGACCAGGCUCGUAAAAAGGCCAAGAAGGCAAAAACGCAGUUCGAAAAAGUCAAAAAGGAACGACUUGAUAGAUUCAUGGCAUGUUUCGAACACGUCGCGAACGAAAUAGAUCCUAUUUACAAGAGUCUAGCGAAAAAUCAAUCAGCGCAAGCCUUCUUGGGUCCGGAGAAUCCAGAAGAACCCUAUUUGGAUGGAAUUAAUUACAAUUGUGUUGCCCCUGGUAAACGAUUCCAGCCAAUGUCUAAUCUUUCAGGAGGAGAAAAAACUGUGGCUGCUUUAGCAUUGUUAUUCGCUAUUCACAGUUUUCAGCCAGCGCCUUUCUUCGUACUGGACGAAAUCGAUGCUGCUUUGGAUAAUACGAACAUUGGAAAAGUCGCCAGUUAUAUUCGGGACAAAACGAGUUCUCUUCAAACUAUUGUGAUUUCUUUGAAGGAAGAAUUCUAUUCUCAUGCAGACGCACUUAUUGGAAUCUGUCCUGAUGUUGGAGAAUGCUUGGAAAGCAAAGUACUGACUCUUGAUUUGACGACUUAUCCUGUUCAAGUUUAAGUUUAAAAUGUUAAUUUUAUACCGUGAAGCCAUUCUUAUACAUUUUGCGACAUCUAUUUUAAUAUAUUUGGUUUAAAUAAUUAUUGUAGGCAUAUUGCAAUUCAUUAUCGUUGCAGCCGUCUCGUUUUAAAAGAAUAAACAUUCUGAUGUUUUCAAG